AUCCCGCUCGCGGGCGUGCUCGGAACUGAAGCUCCUCGCCUCGCCUGUUUUGCGGGGGAGGGUCUGGGUAGCGGGGAGGGGAUGCUCAGUGUUCAGCCUGGUUGCUAGGAGGGAAUGGGUCGUCUUGCUUGAAGGUGGACUUGCCUACUCUAGGGACUCCCCUGGUUCCUUUCAGAGCUGCAGCAGUCCUCUUCGCCCUUAUUUGAGAUUGAACUAGAUGGCACUUGCUUCCAAGCCGGCGUGCCUGGGCUUGAGCUGCAACCCCACGCACCCUUCGUUGGCAGUUGAUAUCCAGCCCAGUUCUUCUACACUCAAGACCUUGGAUCGGAAGAAUUGUACAGUCAGGACUCUCUAACCACCAACACUUGAAGAGCAAAGAUGUGGCUUUUCAUUAUCAUGGCAAGUUUGGCCCAUGGCCUUAUAGCUUCUGAAACACUUGUAAGAAGACAAAGACAUGUGGAUCCAGAAACAACUAUGAAUAUUAGUGAAAUUAUUUCCUUCAGAGGAUAUCCCAAUGAGGAAUAUGAAGUGGUGACAGAAGAUGGGUAUAUUCUCAGCAUUAACAGAAUUCCUCAUGGGAAGAUGAGUCAGUGGAAUAAGGAUCCCAAGCCAGUGGUGGUUCUACAGCAUGGUUUGCUUGCUGAUGGUAGUAACUGGGUGACUAAUCUGGACUACAAUAGCCUAGGCUUUAUACUGGCCGAUGCUGGUUAUGAUGUUUGGUUAGGAAACAGCAGAGGUAAUACAUGGUGCAAAAAACAUAAAAACUAUACAACAAAGCAAGAAGAAUUCUGGACAUUCAGUUACGAUGAAAUGGCUAAAUAUGACCUUCCAGCUACAAUAAACUUUAUCUUAAACAAAACUGGCCAGGAACAGAUAUUUUAUGUUGGCCAUUCCCAGGGUACUACUCUAGCUUUCAUUGCAUUUUCAACCAUGCCAGAACUAGCUAAGAGGAUAAAAAUGUUUUUUGGAUUGGCACCUGUAGCCACAGUAAAGUUUUCAACCAGCCCUCUGGCUAAGCUUGGAGUGUUUCCUGAACUGCUGAUGAAAGAAAUAUUUGGAACUAAGCAGUUUCUACCACAGAGCUCAAUUAUAACAUGGCUUGCUACCCAUAUUUGCACACACAUCUUAUUUGAUGAUCUUUGUGGCAAUAUCUUCUUUCUGCUCUGUGGGUUUAAUGAGAAAAACCUAAAUAUGACUCGGGUAGAUGUAUAUUCAUCUCACUGUCCUGCUGGAACAUCUGUCCAGAAUAUGAUUCACUGGAGUCAGGCUGUGAAGUCUGGAGAACUCAAAGCUUUUGACUGGGGAAGUAAGGCAAAAAACAUGGCUCACUAUAACCAGCCAACGCCUCCUUUCUACAGUGUAAAAAAGAUGACUGUCCCAACGGCUCUGUGGACAGGCGGCCAUGACUGGCUUGCAGACUCAAAGGAUAUUGCUUUGUUGCUGACUCAGGUCCCAAACUUAAUUUACCACAAGCACAUUCCUGAAUGGGAACAUGUGGAUUUCAUCUGGGGUCUUGAUGCCCCGCAGCGCAUGUACAAAGAGAUGAUUCAGAUGAUGCAGAAAAACCCAGUAAAAUUGAGAAGUCCUUUUCUGCUGCAAUCUUGAGCCAUUUCUUCAAGCAAUCAGAAUUGUCUCUUCAUGGCAUGCCUCUUAAAUGAACAAAAUCAAAGCAGAUACCAAGGGAAGGGAUUGCUACCUUUUAAAAUACAAGCGGUAUUAUCUUUAUACACUUUAGAAAUAUCUCAGGAACCAAACAGUUUUAUUUCUCAUAAGCAUUUUAAAUCCGUGCAGUCUUCACAGGGGAGUUGAAAUGCAAAAUAAGCUGCCUUGUAUCACAGUCUGGAUAUUAUAAAAUGCCUUGCCACAAAUCUCGCACAAUAAUAAGUAUUUGAAAAUCGAAUAUGCCUAACUCCCUUGUUUGGGAGCAGCCUUAUAGUAAAGCUGAAGGCCAUUGUGGCUGGGGAUGAUGGGAGUUGUAGUCCAACAUUUGGGGACCCAAGUUUGAGGACCUCUGCCUUUUGGCAUUUAUGAGAUCAAAACAAUUUUUAAAUCAAUUGGCUAAUCAUAAUCAUGGGCUUGUUUUCAACUGGUUUUUGCAUUAAUAAUACCAGACAGAGUUUUCAUAGUCUGGAUAUCUUGGCCUUACUCUAUAUUGCAAAACAUAAAAAUAAAUGCACAUUUGUAGUAGAGGUUCUAGCAUGGGACUUCCACAACCUAGAUUCCCCCUCUCUAGGACUCUUGGAGCUUCUAAUCUGUUUACUCUGAAGUUUUUUCUCCUGUACUUCUCUGGAACUACUUGGGCAAGUGGAGAUAUUUCAUAAUGUCACCCUCACUGUGUGAUCUAAGCACAAAUUAAGUUGAUGCAUUUGUGGUGAAAGUUCUCACUUGGUGUUUUGACACCUGUGUGUCUUCACAAGUUAAAAUGCAAGCCUUGAUAUUUGAAAUUGUAAUUUUGAAAGAGCAAUGCAAAUGUCUAUUUCAAAUAAGUGCAUGUAGGAGGAUCUUCUAGUUCAUGUGAUUGUGGAAACAUAGUUUGGACACACUCAACUAUUACUCUUCCAACAUUACACUUUUCAGACCACUUGAUGAGAUGGGCACUGUUAAAGUACCUCUGUCUUCUAAAAGUAACAAGAUGUGCUGUACUUAAGGACUGGCAUCUUGACUCUUAACACAGUUUUAUUUGGAAUGAAUUCUAUUAUUGUAAGCUGUAAAAUAUUAGUUAUUGGAAUGCAAGUUUUGAGCAUGCCAGAGUGACUUCUUGAUCUCAAGAUUACAGCUUUAAUAUUUUAUAUGCGAUGCACAUCUUAUGGCACUUCCUAUGUUACAGAAGUAUUAUGAAAAUAAAUGUUCAAGCUAUGGAGAGGACUCAGAUUGACACUGUGUCAAUAUAUUUUGUAGUAAAGCAUUCAACUACGUUUAAGAACUAACUUUAUGGGGAAUGCCACUUUUGAAACUCACAGGACGAUCCAUAGUGGUUAAAAAGAAACUUCACUUUUAAUAAUGCUUACUUUGCAACACAUGUUUGCACAUUUUAGUAGUGAUGAAAGACUGAUUGCCAAAGAAGCUGUUUCUGUUAUACUGUGCCUAUGUAGACUUCUAAUUUCAGUGCAUUAAGCACCCCCUCUUCGGCUGCUAACAUUUUAAGGAUGGAGAUCUUUGAAUAACAUGCUUAAAAAUAGAUAUUUACUGUGGGGUAUUCAUAUUCUGUAAAUCAGGGAAUCCUAGGUGUGUGUGGGGGCGGAGGGGAUCUGUCAUCCCAGGCUUUGUAAAGCAUCAUCUACACAGCUGGUGCUAUAUUAAUCUUCUGUAAUAUUACUGCUUUCUAACCAGUUACCAUAAACAUGGAACCCUUCCACCUGAAAGGUGUAAUUCACAAAUAUUAUACAUCUAGGUGAAAAUCCACUGUAACCCAAGCACUAUACCUCAUGUUUGUCUGAGCUUUUAAAAAACAAAACUUUGAAUAAAAAAAUAUUGAAACAA